AUGGAUGCUUCACGUAACCAUUGGGCAAAGGCAUACUUGAAAGAUACUUUUUUUGCUGGAAUGACUACGAGUGGCCGAAGUGAGAGCAUCAAUGCAUUUUUUGAUGGAUAUAUCAACUCCAACACAAUGUUAAAUGACUUUGUUACCCAAUAUGAUAAAGCAAUUAAGUCUAGAAGAGAUGCAGAAGAAGAUGAAGAUUUUAAAACUAGAAAUACAAAAGCAAAUUUGGAGAGUGAUCAUCCAAUUGAAGCAAUAGCUGGAGAGCAUUACACAAGAAAACUAUUUGAAAGUUUUAAAAAAGAGUGGAGGGCUACCACACAAGAUUAUUUUCUUGAAAAGAUUUCAACAGACGAGCAUAAUAUUAGGUAUCGUGUGGGGUCUCCCAAAGUUAAUAAAGAGUUGUGGGCAAUUGUUUAUUACAAUUUGAUAGAAAGUUCCACUGCUUAUUGUUCUUGUGCAAAGUUUGAGACUAUGGGGAUUUUACGCAAACAUAUUUUGUACAUCUUCAAGAAGAAACAAAUGAUGGCCCUUCCUGGAAAGUAUAUUUUGGCUAGAUGGACCAUGAAUACAAGUUAUAAGGCUGAAAACCUUUUGUAUGUUCAUUCUGAAACAACUAGCAGUGAAAUGGAUGUUGCAAGAGAGAAGCAAAAUGAAUAA